UUGCAGAUGAUACUUGAAUUUCUUCUACGCUUGAAGACAUAUCUCUUCUUCAGCUAAUUGUAGAACAAGCAAAAACUUCACUCGCUCUGUUUUUUUUUCCCCUUUUUUGUUUACUAGAGUAGUAGUAAUAAUAAGGUGGGUUGCGAGAAAAUGAACAUCUCUCUGGAUAUCGGGUUCAGAUUCCUUCCGCCAGAUGAAGAAAUCAUCAAUUAUUUUCUUUUGAAUAAGCUGAAAGGCUAUCAUGAUCGCACCCGCCAUAUCAGAGAGGUUGAACUCGUCAAGCAAGAGCCCUGGGAGUUAGCUGCCCUGUCUAUAAUAAAGUCGAGAUAUGCAGAGUGGCUUUUCUUCUAUAAACUAAACAAGAUAUCCGAGGGAAGAAACGAUAGGGCAACGGAGGCUGGAUAUUGGAAAUCAACGGGUCAGGAUAGGGUGAUCCGUUAUGGAGGUAGGGUGAUUGGUACCAAGAAGUCUUUGGUUUUCUAUAAAGGCCGUACUCCUCGUGGGGUCAAAACCGACUGGAUCAUGCAUGAGUACCGUGCCACUGCUGACUUCGUUCCCCGUAAUGCGGACAGUAGUUAUGCAGUCGGCUGCUUAAGGAACAAAGCUGCCGAGAAUAGUGAAAACUCAAUUUCAAAUGAUGGUCAGCCAAGUACCCAUUUUGCUGCUUCUAGUUCCCGAAAUAAUGCAGUGAGGGUUAAGUCUAUGGAGGUGGUUCCUCAACUACAGAUCAAUAAUAUGGAUUACGAAAUAGCUUGGCAGACACAAAUGGAAGAUCAGGAUAUCUUUGAUUAUGAUCUUGAUUAUAGACUCUCACAAUUGAAUGACUUAUUCGACAGUGCCGUUACCAAUAAUGACCAGAACAGGAUGGAAGGAAUCUCCUUGGAAGAUCUACCACCGUAUGAUGACUUGGUUGACGAUGAGCAGAAUGAAUGGCAACAUCAAUUUGACACCACCAUCGAAGAAGAAAGGAAUUUCAUGACUUCCCUGUUUCCUGGCCAAGAUCAUCAACACUCCUAUGCAGAGGUUGGGCACCCUCUUCGCCGUGAUUACAGGGCACCAUAUUAUGCUGAGGAUAGCCGUGACACUGACCCUAAAUGGGCCAAUGCAUGGUGUGAUCCAAUUGUUCGUAUGUCUGGCCAAGGCCAUUCAAAAGGAUUCAAUCAGCAGCGAAUGGAAAAUGGUGUCCGUCAUGAUGAGAUCCUGAUAAUGGAUUCCACUGUUGACUCAGCAACAGUUACGGCCUACGAGAACGAUUGUCAUGAAUCGGUCCGGGAGGAACAGUCUGUUAACUCAAGAACCUGCAAAUCUCAAUAUGAGCCAAGAUCCCACAUGUCAGUGGUGCAGAGGCAUCCUACAAGCGUCGAAUUGCAGGUUAAAUCUUCAGGGAGAGCAGUAUCCAGAGACAUGACAAGAGAAAGUAGUGUACGUUGUCCUGUUGUUGAACUUGUCCAGAACAAGAAAUCCAUUGUGCAAUCUAACAAAGGCCUUAAAAUGGAUCGGGACAGGAAUGCAAAAUUGGAUUUGAACUCAACAUCUAAAGGGUCAGCUGACAGCGUUAGAAAAAGAUCUUUCAAUUACCUGGUGAUGUCCCAGCUGAGCUCCAAACCGAAUCCACCUUUAGUACAUGUUGGGAAUGUACUUUUGGGCGUGAUUUUGUUCAUAGUUGUGGUUAGGGAAGUUAUGUUUCUUCGUUAGGUAAAGUCGUGUGUGUUUCAGGCAUUCCAUUGUAGUAAGACAUAAGAGAGCCGCAAGUUCAUGCAAGGUCUAGAUCGCUUGGCUUGUGUCUCUUUUGAGAUGGAAAUUGGAAUAAGCUAUAAAGAUAAAGUGUUACCAUUUACAGUGAA